GAAGGAGGCGGCGGCGGCGGCCUCGGCAACGGCGGCGGAGGACAAGAGAAGGGAUAACCUACAAAAAUGUAAUUCCAGACAGAGGUUAUUUUGCCCCGACCAAAUGCCAGCAUGUACAGGCUAGGAGAGAAACCCAAGCGUCGGCUACGGGCUCACAGCUCCAGCAUCCGAAACGUCGAAAUCGCCCGAGGCAGAGCGGGAUAUGGCUUUACUCUUUCUGGCCAAGCUCCCUGCGUGUUGAAUUCUGUUUUAAAAGGAAGUCCGGCCGAUUACGUGGGACUGAAGGCAGGGGAUAAAAUAUUUGCCAUCAACGAAAUCAAUGUGAAAAGGGCCUCCCACGAAGACGUGGUGAAGCUGAUCGGCAAAUGCUCGGGGGUUUUGCACAUGGUCAUCGCCGAAGGGUUCGGUCAUGCGGAAGCUUGUUCCAGCGAGGAAGAAGAGGGCCUUUAUGACGGAAAAGGGUGGCCAAAGACCAUGCUUGACCUGAAAGGCCCGGGUAUAAACCGGGCGGUGAAAGUGGUUGAGGAAAUGCAAUCCGGUGAAAUUUUCAACAUGAUCUUCGAAAAUUCUAAUAUUGGCCCGAGCGAGACACAGGUGCCAAAAAGAAAGGAAAAGUCUGUCCACGAGGGGGCCAAGUUGGAAACAGAAUCUCCGCUGACAAACGAUAAACCCCACGUCCUGUACGAUGAGCAGGCCCAGACCGCGAACCACAACUCGGUUUUUCAAGCUUGCCCGGAAGACCAGGAAUGUGGUGCAAUUGACGCCAGCGUUUUGAACGUGGCCAUGAUUGUGGGAUACUUGGGGUCCAUCGAGCUCCCUUCUUCCAGCUCAAAUCUGGAAUACGACAGCUUGCAGGCCAUCCGUGGCUGCAUGCGCCGCCUUCGGGCCGAGCAACGCAUCCAUUCGUUAGUGGCCCUACGGAUCAUGCAUGAUGCCGUCCAGCUGUGCACAAACCCGUCCAUCGUGAUUGCAACCUAUCCAGCCGAGAAGCUGGCCUUCAGCGCGCUCUGUCCCGACGACAAGCGAUUUUUUGGACUGGUCACCAUGCAGAGCAUCGAGGAGGCAAGCUUAGCUCCGGAGGAUGACGCGAUCCUGAGGACGUCCUGUCACGUCUUUAUGGUGGAUCCUGAGCUCUUCAGUCAUAAAAUUCACCAGGGCAUUGCCCGGCGGUUCGGAUUGGAAUGCACGGCCGAUCCGGACACCAAUGGCUGCCUCGAGUUCCCCUUGUCAUCUUUCCCGGUCCUUCAGUUUGUCUCUGUCCUUUACAGGGACAUGGGGGAUUUCAUUGACGGGGUGCGGGCCAGGGCCUUCCUAGACGGAGACGCGGACGCCCAGCGGAACAACAGCAUGAGCAGUAACAGCGAUAGCGGGAUCGGGAACGUCAAUCAGGAGGAAAAAAGUCGGGUUUUAGUGGUAGACUUAGGCAGCAACUCCAACAAACACCCGCUUAGCAAUCUCCAGAGCAGUCCAAUAAACAGAGCUCAGAAUCCCCACUGGAGUUUUGGUCAUGAACAAGAAAACGUAGGCUUAGUUCCCACGUUCCAGAACGACAAAUCUCAAAACCUUAGUACGUUUCUGGCCUCUUCGGCUCACGCUGAAGUCCCGGGGCCUUUGUCCAAAGCCUCAGGUCAGAAGAUCCCCGGGGACCAUCAGAGGUGGUUGCCUGCCCACGUGCUGAAAGACUGGCAGCAGGGAUGCCUGAGCGACCAAGAGUCGUACACGGACUCUACCGACGGUUGGUCGAGUGUCAACUGCGGGACGCUUCCGCCUCCCAUGAGCAAAAUCCCAGCAGACAGAUACAAGGUCAGCGGCGGCUUCACUCCGCCUCAUCUCCUGUCCCCAAAGAAAGAGCCGGCGGAGAAAGAAUUUCAGAGGGAGGAUCGCUUGGAUUCUCGACAGGGCUUCAGGUCCCCCCAAGAAGACAAGAAGGGCACAAAAUUCGGACCCGCUUUUGGAUUGGUGCAACUCUUCCAUCCCUCUUCUUCGGCUCGGAGAUCGUUUGGGCGCUCCAAGAGAUUCAGCGUUACCCGUUCGCUCGAGGAUCUUGAGUCUACAACCGUGUCUGAUGGAGAGCUGAAUCACAGUGACUUGAAAGAUGGCACCAGUGACACCAGCCUCAGCAGCAAUGCCAGUCUGCCCAGUGUCCAGAGCUGCCAACGACAACGCGACAGAAGAGUUGCCAGUUGGGCUGUUUCCUUUGAGCGCCUCCUUCAAGAUCCCCUUGGUAUUCGAUAUUUCUCUGAUUUUUUACGGAAGGAGUUUAGUGAAGAAAACAUUCUGUUUUGGCAAGCCUGCGACUAUUUCAAUCACAUACCUGCUCACGACAAAAAGGAGCUUUCCUUCAGAGCGCAGGAGAUCUUUAAUAAAUAUUUAUGCAGCAAAGCUACGACUCCGGUCAAUAUUGACAGCCAAGUCCAGCUGGCGGACGACGUCCUGACUGCACCGCAUCCGAACAUGUUCAAAGAUCAGCAGCUUCAGAUUUUCAAUUUGAUGAAGUUUGACAGCUAUGCACGCUUUCUGAAGUCUCCGUUUUACCAACAAUGCGUGUUAGCCGAAGUGGAAGGCCGUCCGGUCCCCGAUCCACAGUGGGUUCCAAACAGCCCUACUCUGAAGUCCAGUUUCGGUCCUGAAAUGUUCAGUGUUUCCACUUCGAGAAAGUUAGGUGGAAAAGCCAAGUCUGGGCGCUCCUUAAAUGAAGAAUCUGGAGAAGAAGAUGGCGAGAAAAAGAAAAAAGGGACUUUCUUUUCCUGGUCGAGAAGCAAGAGUUUGGGGAGGUCACAGAAGAAGAAGGAGAAUGGCAGUUGCCUCAAAGAGUCUUCUCAGCCUGGUGAGCUCUCCUAUCGACAUCAAUCACAAGAUUCCUUGUCUUCAGCUGCGAGUCUGGAGAUGGGUGAGCCCUGCCGAGCCUCGGGACCCCCCACCACAAAAGAGAAGCCCCCUCAGAGUUGCCACGUCCACCUCCCAGAUGGCUCCACUUCGGUCAUGCCCGUCCGAGGUGGGGCCUCCAUCAAAGAGGUGCUCUCCGGCUUCUGCGAAAAGCAGCGGAUCAGCAUGGCUGCCGUCGACCUCUUUUUAAUCGGCGGGGACAAGCCACUCGUACUACACCAGGACAGCAGCAUUUUGGAUUCUCAAACUCUCCGCUUAGAAAAAAGGACAUUAUUUCGGCUUGACCUGGUCCCUAUAAACAGAUCGGUCGGUUUAAAGGCUAAACCCACCAAGCCGGUCACGGAAGUCCUUCGUCCAGUCGUUGCAAAAUAUGGACUGAAUCUUAAUAACCUCGUGGCCAGACUAAACGGCGAGCAAGAUCCCUUAGACCUCGGGGCACCCAUCUCCAGCCUUGAUGGGCAGAGGGUGAUUCUGGAAGACAAGAUUUCGAAAAAGGGGAAAGACAAGGGAAAAGGAGCAUCCUUAAAACACAGUGCGACUGUAGCCACUAAUGCAGGAAGCCAAGCACUCACAGGCGAAGGAAGACCUGUUGGAAAGCACAAUUCUUUUAAAUUAAAAGGCGAGCCGGGGAAAAACUCCCGAGAAGCCCACCUGGCCCCCAAAGAAGCCCGCCUUGCUCAGACUGAAAAAAACACACGCCAGCAUUUGAAUUUGGAAGAAGCAGAGGAAUUUUUCGAACUUGUAUCCAAAGUCCAGAGCAACCGAGCUGACGACCAGCGAGGGUUGCUACGCAAAGAAGACCUGAUUUUGCCUGACUUCCUUCAAAUGCCCCCGUGCCAGGCCGGCAUUUCCACAUCUGUCCCCUGGGAACCUGCGGGCCCUUCCGCGAGAACGCCUCAUCCUGACGGUCAGGAGGAAAGCAGCCCGGAGGAGCGAAGUUGCCCGCAACCCCCAAGCGACUCGGUGGCUGGACAACGAGGUCCAGAGAAGGCACUGGGGCUGCCCAUGGCCCUUGGUCAGGCGGCCGGCAAGGGACCCGUCCCCGCCACUUCUCCCCGCCCCCCGAAUCUGCUUUUGCAGGGCAACCCGAGAUGGAAAGAAGAGGUGGAGACGAUGGAGGAAGAAGACGUGAUCGUGGCAGACCUCAGCCUGGUGCCCAAGGGGGACAUCGGCAGCCCCCCAAACCGCAGGCUGACCCUCUCUGAGACGGGAAGCCCCACUGAGUCCAAAAUGGCCUCCGAGAAAUUCAGACCAGGUCCGCUCCAUAAGCCUAGAACCCACCCCCGAGGGAGUGAGGGAAGCCUCGAAGACCCAACCUGCCCAAACCUUCAUCGUGACGUCUGCCCUGCCGGGAUCAGGAAGGAAAUUGGCAGACCUGAACUCCCAAUCCAUGGCGUCAUCGAUGUGGACAGCGUGACAACAUCGCAAGGCCCACCGUGGUUUUGUCCUGAACCAGAGAGCCGCGUCCUUUUCCACGGCGGUGUCUCCGAGUUCAGGGCCGGCCAGCCAAGAAGACCAUCGAGAACUCAAAGGACAUCCAGCCUCCCCGCUUUCUCAGCUGCCGGGAGCGAGAAGAAAGAGGAGAACGAGGGCCCUUGCAAGGCCACUUUCGUUUGAACGUCUGGAUGCACAACUCGGGGGGCUUUGGCUUCCUGUGGCAUUCGCCUGUGGAACCACCAUGGGUGCAGUGGUUAGAGUGCGGUACUGCAGGCUACUUCUGCUGCCUGUCGACUGCCUGCAAUUUGGCAGUUCAAAUCUCACCCGGCUCAAGCUUGACUCCACCUUCUGUCCUUCCGGAGUGGAUAAAAUGAGAACCCAGAUUGUGUGGGGUAAGAGGCUGACUCUGUAAACCGCUUA